UUGAAUUCCAGCAAAGCGCGCCAUGGUGAAGAAAAGCAAAGCCAGCAAAGGUAGUUCUGGCACUAAAUCCGGCGAAGGAGGGAAAAGCAAAAAGCAAAAGAAAGGCAGCGGCAAAGGCAGCAGCAGCAGUCGAAGAAAAGAGGCCCGGCAAGAACUGAAGGAGGCUAAUAAGCGUCCGCAGAAACGCGCACAUGGCAAAGAGGUGGACGAGACGCGUCAACGUCUCCGCAGCAAGUGGCUGGAGCGUCAGCUGUCGCGGGGCCCGGGCAGCCGGGUAGGCCCCGAGCGGCGGACGCUGCUGCUGGAGAUGGCACAGCUGCAACUGGCAGCCGGGAGGUCCAAGGCGGCCCUGCAGUCCUUGCGUGAAGCCCUGGACAUGGAUCCCGAGGACGUGGAUUUCGCGGUGCGUGGCCCGCUGCUGUGUUUGUACCUGGACAAGGCCAUGACCGAAGAAGCCGCGUCACUUCUGAAGGGCCCUUUGUUCGAGGAUGCCAUGCAAGGUGACCUGCCGGCUGAGCCAUCGGCCAAGCAGAGGGAAGCCGUGACCGCAGGCUGCUAUUCGAUCGCCCUCUUAAGCUACAUCUCGGUGCGUGUGGUGCGGGAAUAUAAGAAACCCAAGGCUGUGGAAGAAGCUGAGGAGAGACUGCUAAAGAGGCUGCAGAAAGCACAUCAGCAGAAUCCCUUCAUCGCAGAAUUCCUCGCCUUCGCUCCAGCCUUUGAAUCUACCUUUCCAUUUGGAUGCGAACUUCCGGAAGCAUCUGGAGCCGAGAAAUUGGAGGAGCAGUUAUUGGAAGCCCUGAGAUAUUGCUGUCAAUGGGGUGGCCGUGGCCAAGCGCCUGUGUGGUUGGACACUAACGCCACGGUUCGGCGCUUCAUCCGCGAGACCUUAUUCGAGGCGGAGGACGCCUCGGACGCCGCGCCGCUGGCGCCGCUGGCGGAAGCUUCGCCCAACGAGGCGCCGGUGCUGCAGCGCUGGCGACGGGCGCGGGAGGAGGCGAUGCAGCUGUGGGCCACGGAGAUGGCACAAGAGGCGGGUUUCGGCCGCGAGGAGCAGAUGGAGGAGGAAGUGCUGACGGAAGACGAAGAGAUCCGGGAUCCAGGGCACUAAGAGCAGCCGGCCAUCUGAACCGGACCAUUGGUUUGCGAAACAGCUUGCCGCAGAAAAA